AGCACACAGUUAAAAGCUUUAACGCACCGGCGGCAGUGUGAACUGCGAGUACAUCAGUGUGUCCUGCCAAGAAACAAAUAUUUACAACAUCUGAGUUAUAGUGGCCUUUUUUCCUGGACCAUGUCAGCGAAAUUUCCUGAUUUUUAACGCGUCAGACGAUCCUCUGAAAACGAAUUCAGACCUGGAUUAUUUACAGAGUUCUUUCUAAAGAGGGAACAAACUGGAUCAAGAAGGAAAGUCGGAACCUGGCGGAAUUUGGCAUUUGUUUUGAUUUUUGUGCUAUAUCAAAUACAUGAAAUAAUCCGACUCCUCAUUUGGAGAUUAUUAUUAUUUAUUGACUUGUCAGGCUAAUAAUCCCGGGAUUGACUUGUAAUCCCAUUUCACACCGUCAUGCAUCUGAUGUGGAAAACUCUGCUCGCGCUGUUUCUCAUCGUGUGUCGACUGAAACUCUCCGUGUCCACGAUUUUGGAGUCAAUUUACUGGAACACGUCAAACACAAAGUUUGUACCAGGCAAAGGCAUCACCUUGUACCCUCAGAUCGGUGACAAAAUGGACAUUGUGUGUCCCCGUCUCAGACCAGGCCAGAGCACAAGCACCCGUAUCGAAUAUUUCCGUGUGUACCUGGUCACACAGGAACAGCUUGAGAGCUGCAGGGUGGCGAAAGGCAAUGUGGCACUGCUGAACUGUGACAAGCCAGACCAAGAUGUCAAGUUCACCUUCAAGUUUCAGGAGUUCAGUCCCAACCUGUGGGGCCUUGAGUUCCUCAAAGGCAAAGACUACCAUGUCAUCUCUACGUCGAACAGCACGUUAGAAGGCCUGGACAACAUGGAGGGUGGCGUGUGCAAAACCAAGUCCAUGAAGCUGGUGCUCCGAGUGGGACAAAGUCCUAGUGAUGCAGGCUCAGGGAAAGAACAACCCAAACACUCCGACAGCGACCACCAGAGCACCUCCAGCAAAGACAACGAUGUGCUCAGCAAAGUCGAACAAGACAGGAACAGUGGUGAGUCUGUGGGCGUGUCAGGCUCUGAGGUGGCCCUGUUCACUGGCGUGGCCUCAGGAGCCUUCGUCUUGGUGGUUCUCAUCAUCGUGGUGCUGGUGGUGCUUGCACGCCGCCGCCGCCGUCGCAAGCACUCGGCUCAGUGUUCGGCCCCGCUGGCACUGCACCCCAUCCCCAAGCGCAACAACAACAACAACGGCUCGGAGCGCAGCGACAUCAUCUUCCCUCUGCGAGCCUCCGACAGCUACUACUGCCCCCACUAUGAGAAGGUGAGCGGGGAUUAUGGCCACCCAGUCUACAUCGUCCAGGAAAUGGAGCCCCAGAACCCGGCGAAUGUUUACUACAAAGUCUGAACUAAUCAGAACAUUUGAGCCUCGUCCAAGACUGAAAAGAAGUUCUCAAUCGAGAGCUUGAUUGCUCAGAAUAAAUGAAUCAGAGAUAAAUGACUCUUGGAAUGAAGCCACCAACUGUCCAGGAGCCCCGAAAGCCCCGGAUCGGUCCGAAUCACCGUCUGGGUUGGGGAAUUACCGCUUCUAAAACAUGGACGCCGUGUGAUUUGUAUCAGUCAGGGACCAAAAGCUUUGAGGCCGUAAGUGUCGACUGAGAGCUUGUGCUCAAGUUUCAGGCUGGCUGUAGAAAAGAAACAUGCUCCUGGCUCACGCUAGUGAAUCAGAGACGAAUGACUCUUGGAACGAAGCGAGGACUUUCUCUCGGCUCUCCAGUCAACGCUUUAAUUCAUUAUGGCAGACUGAGGUGCUACAGUAUCGAUUCAUGACGGCGUUUCGCUCAGGGGAGGAAAACGGAGCCAAACCCGCACAGACCUAUAGAAAAAAACUCCACAGAUUUACAUCCUGGAAAAAAAAAACAGAGUCAGGGAAAAAACUUUCAA